AUGGAGCCAGUCAAAGCCAACGCGACCCAGAACUCCGAGAUCACCGCUCUGAUUAACUCGCUCAGGGAAACCUUGUCAGCAAAUGAUCCCGCAGCACCAACCACUCGCGAGCAUCUAAAGGAAACUGCUGAGAAGUUGAGCCUUGCACUCGAAACGCCCGGAGAGACUGUCCAACGUGUAGCCUACUACCCUAUGCGAACAACUAUCGUUCGGAUCGCCAACAGACUACAACUCUUCCAUAUCUUGGUGGAAAGCGAUGUACCUGUCACUGGCAAAGAGCUAGCGCAAAAUACUGGUGCCGAUCACGUAUUGCUCCUCCGCCUCCUUCGGUUCCUUGUCGCUACGCACGACAUCGAUGAAGCCGGCGUCGAUAGCUAUAUCGCCAACAGCGUCACAAAGAACUUGAUCGUCCCCCAGCUUGAAGCAGGCAUCAAUCAUACCUAUGAUCUCGUUGGGAUCGCCACCAUGGCUCUUCCUUCAUUCCUCGCCAAGACUCAGUAUCGGAAUCCCACUGACCCGAAGGAAUGCGCUUUCCAAGAAGGCUUUCAUACCAAAGACAACCUGUUUGAGUGGUUCCCAAAACACCCCGAGCAUCUCAACAACUUCAACCUCUGGAUGACAGGCCAGCGUGAGGGUCGUACGGGCUGGCUCGAUUUCUUUCCUUUCGAGGAACUAGUUGCCAAAGGCUUCAAAGGAGGUGAUCGUGCGGUCAUGUUGGUAGAUGUGGGCGGCGCACGCGGACAUGAGGUCAAAGCAAUUAAGAAGAAGCAUCCAAGUCUGCCUGGGAGGUUCCUGCUGCAGGACCUACCGGAUACGAUUGAGCAAGCGUUGCCAGUGCCGGGAAUGGAAACUGUUGUGCAUGACUUCUUCACUCCGCAGCCGAUCAAAGGCGCACGUGCUUACUAUCUCCGCAAUGUCCUCCAUGACUGGCCUGAUAACCAUUGCCAGCUCAUCCUCUCCCAACUCGCGUCAGCAAUGACGCCAGGCUACUCCAAAAUCAUCCUCAAUGAGCUCGUUCUUCCCAACCAGAAAUGUAGCCUUAUCGCAGCUCAAGUUGAUAUAACUAUGAUGGCCUGUUUGGCAGCGACCGAGCGCUCCGAGCAGCAGUGGCAUGAGGUGGCAGGUUCGGCGGGGUUGAAAAUUCAGAAGAUCUGGACGGAUGUGCCGGAGGCGGAGAGUAUCAUAGAGCUGACCUUGAAGUGA